AUGGAUAUGGUGAGAAAUAGGAAGAAUCAAAACUCAAAGAAAUCUAAUGAGUUCAUAGAGAAUAUGCCCAAUGGAGAAGAGAAAUCUUACAUAGAAAGUAUCUCUAGGGUGGAUAAUUUAAAAUCUGAUGAAGAACCCUUCAUAGAAUCUCAUAAAACCACAAAAGAAUAUGAAUAUGUAGUACCCAUAAAGGGUACAAGUUCUGACAAAUUAUUUCGAAUAAGUUUUGAACUGGACAUUCUUUCCAUAAAUUUAUUCAUCAUUGGCUUGUUCACAAGAAUGUACAAACUAGAAGAACCUAGAAAUAUAGUAUUUGAUGAGCUACAUUAUGGGAAAUAUGUAUCUCUAUACAUGCAAAAUACAUUUUUCUUUGAUUCACACCCACCUCUGGGCAAACAGAUCAUAUCCUUGGCAGCGCAUAUAGCAGGAUUCGAUGGAAAAUUCAAAUUUGACAAAAUAGGAAGCCCCUAUUCAGAUUCUGUACCCUUGUUUGCCUUAAGAUUUGUACCUUCAUUUUUCGGCAGUCUUCUAGUACCCACUGUCUAUCAUUUAAUGUUGGAAAUGGGGCUAUCACAGUGGACCUCUCUUCUUGCCGCCCUACUGUUUCUAUUUGACAAUGCAUUCCUAACUCAGAGUAGGUUUAUGCUGAUGGAAUCCAUUUUAGUGUUCUUCUCAUUGUUUGGAAUAUUGUGUCUUCUGAAAUUCAGAAAAUACUCUGAGGAGCCUUACUCAUUCUUCUGGUUUUUCUGGCUCAUCAUGGCUUCACUAUCACUAACUUGUGCUAUGAGCAUAAAAUAUGUUGGCUUCUAUUCAUGCUGUCUAGGAGCUGUGAUUCUUUUGAAGGACUUCUGGAGGCUCCUUGCUGUAGCAAAACAUUCUGAUAAGGCUCUGUUCCUCAGGUUCCUCACACAACUUACAUCAGCUCUAGGUGUAGCUACUUUUGUGUACCUCAGCGUGUUCUACAUUCAUUUGAAUGUGCUACACAAAGCUGGUCCCCAUGAUAGCAUCAUGACAAGUGCUUUUCAAGCAUCUCUAGAAGGAGGGCUGGCUAGCAUCACUAAGGGCCAGCCCAUGCUAGUUGCACAUGGGUCCCAAAUAACAUUGAGGCAUACUCAUGGUAGAACUUGUUGGUUACAUUCACAUAAUGCAGUGUACCCCAUCAGAUAUCCUGACAAGAGGGGCUCCAGUCAUCAACAACAAGUGACUUGCUAUAGUUUUAAGGAUGUGAAUAAUUGGUGGAUUGUGAAGAGGCCUAUGAAAGAUGAUUUGAUAGUUGAACAGCCUGUAGAUGCUAUCAAACAUGGGGAAAUUAUACAGUUGGUUCAUGGAAUAACCAGCAGAGCCCUAAACUCCCAUGAUGUGGCAGCGCCAGUAUCGCCACAGUGUCAAGAAGUUUCUUGUUAUGUAGACUACAAUAUAUCCAUGCCUGCUCAAAAUAAAUGGCGGGUUGAAAUUCUCAAUAGGGAUCAGUUCGGGGAUUCUUGGCGGACGAUUCAGUCCAUGGUGAGAUUGAUCCACAUAGACACAAAUACGGCUUUGAAAUUCACUGGGAGACAGCUGCCUGACUGGGGGUACCAUCAACAUGAAGUGGCAGCCGAUAGACAUUUAGUUCAAGAUGAUACAGUGUGGAAUGUUGAAGAACAUCGUUAUACAAAAACUGAUGAUCAGAAAGAGCGUGAAAGGGAUUUGGUGACAGCGGAAAUGAUACCGACCACAGCAACUAAGCUGUCCUUUUGGCAGAAAUUCUUUGAGCUGCACUAUAAAAUGCUCUUUUCCAAUACGGAGUCGAUUCAGAAUCACAUGUUCAGUUCUGAACCUCUGGAAUGGCCGCUGAUGUCUCGUGGGAUCGCAUACUGGGUGUCCUCAACAAGCAAUGCCCAAAUCCACUUACUCGGCAACAUCGUGAUAUGGUAUUCGGCCACCCUAGGGCUUCUACUCUACUCCGCCUUCUUAAUCGUCUACCUUCUAAGGCGCCGGAGGCUCUGCUACGAUCUGGACCCCAUCGCUUGGCACCAGUUCCAACUCACCGGGGAAAUUUGUCUGGGGGGCUACUUGAUCCACUAUUUGCCCUUCUUUUUCGUCGAUAGAACGCUUUUUUUGCACCACUAUUUGUCGGCGUUCGCGUUCAAAGUUCUGCUGCUCGCUGCCACAUUGGAACAUGUUCAUUUCGUUUUGAAGGUGGUUUUCAGGAGGCGAUUGUUGGCGAAGUUUUUCGUUGUGGGGGUUCUGGUUUGGCUCGUUUGGGCGGUGUACGUGUUUAGGGAGUUUUCUGCGCUGAGUUAUGGCAACGUCGCACUGUCUACCAGCGAUAUUUUAAAGUUGAAAUGGAAAGAAACUUGGGAUUUUAUCGUUCAUAAGAGCUAG